AUGGAGUUGAUUGCUGGUGCUCUUCACCGGAGGGAGGAAGUGACUGAGACAGCGCAGUCUAAUGAGAGGUGUAAGAAGAGAGAACCAGCAAAUGAGAACGAGAGAGGAGGCCUGCGCCCGUUACCUCUGCUGUUCCCCACAGCUUCUUGGUCAUCUUAUCACCCUAGCGACCUAGACAGCAGCAGCUACGACGAAGGCUCAUCCAAAACAUUCAAUUCCACCAUUUAUUCACACUCUGACAAUUCCUGUUAUGAUGAGCUAUCUGAAAGUGAGCCAACUGGAGCUUCCUCCCGGAUUUCCACAAUCUUGUCGCUAGUCCGCGGCGGAGACCAUCAGGAUGUUGUGCAUGCACCCGACGGCAGAUCUCCUCAGCGAGCGAAACGCCGUAGGUUUGCAAAAAGCUUCAGGCCAUGGAAACCAUGGAGGUUUUCGGCCUCCAGACGGAGCAGGACACCCGAGAGAGCCCACGCAUUGCUGUGUCUGGCCUUAUCUGAUCCUGCUCUGUCAACUGCUGCGCUGCUUGCCUCCGAGCAGACCCAAAAAGGCCCCAACGCCGCCUGUGAUAAAGAGGAGCGCGAGAAAGAGUCAGAUCUCCUCUCUUUGUCUACGCUGCUCGUCUUGGCUUGCAUAAUUCUCUUUGUGGCGUUUGUCGUUGGCUUCGGCGUUGGGUGCGCUCUUGUGCGUACCCGCCCUGUUAGAGGGAAGGCGGUCUUGGCUGUGCUCCCCCUGUGGACUCGAACACCAAACAACCGAUGGGAAAAAGAAAACCGCUCAGGGCUUUUGGAGGUGGACAGUGACCCAUCAACACCACUAAAGGAGAGGUUUGUAACUACUGGAAGCACUCUGAGGAAGCACAGUCCAGCUGCAAACAUUCCCCUUCUCACGCUGAUGGUGGACGACACCGCAAAGUCGGAGUCAGAGCCUCUGGCUGUGCUCAAAGGUGCAUUCAAGUUGUUGCUGCCUCUUUAUAAUGCAAGUCUCUUUGGAGGCACCGAGUCCGGGGUUUCUGUCCUCGAAUACAUCCCAGCCCCCCGUGCUGGGAGGAAGCCAGAAGAGUUGUGUUUUACAUCUCGUUCUUCAGUGGCCGAAGACGACUUCCUCUCAACUUCAGACCCAACAGACAACCCAGACCCCUCAAGCGAACCCCAAAUCCACAGAGACGCAGCAGCAGGAACACAUGUAGACAAUGGAAUUGAAGAGGUUAAAGUAGCAGCAUCCCAAGAUGCACCAGGGCCUGAUCUUUCACCCAUGGAAGGUGCUGCACCGGCAAGUCAACUGGCAUCCAGAACUAUCGGGCCCAUGUUUGAGUUGCUGCCUCUUUCUAAAGAUACAACUUACAAUUCCAUGCUGGAAUCAGGAUAUCCCAGUGCAGUGGACCAGACGCAGCAUGAUGUAGCCCCUCAAUGGACUGAAGACACAGCAACGCUGCUGAUCGAGGGUUCUUCUCUCCCUCUGCACGGAGAGGCAAUUGUAAAGGACGACAACCUGCUAGAUAUGCAGAUGGACAGAGUGACGCAGAAGACGCGCGAAGACUCCGAGGCUUCCGCAGAAGCGCUCUUCUCCCCUCAUGCAGAUGUCUUCCCUGUUCUGGCGUCAGACCUACGAGACCUCAAAGCGAAUGCAUCAUCCGCGGUUUCCGCAGGAACAGAGGAGGAGGGGAAGCUCACAGCUCAGUCACCCCACGGCUUUCGUGAUUCUACACCUGCUACUGAUGGUUCAACAACAGGCGCUACAAAAGUUGGUUUAGACAGUGAAUAUGCACGAGGGCUCAUAGAUGAAUCUAUAGGCGGGAUAGCGAGAGAGCAUCGAUACGGUGAAAUUGAGCACGUGGGUGAGGCAGCAGGAACAAGAGAAACUACACCAAGCAAGCGCCUGCAACAUGCACCGUCAAUGAGUCAAUCCCCUCCUUACGUAUUAGCGGUAUCGUUCCACCCGAUGGCCGACGCACAAGGAAGUGGCUUUCGUGCCAAGGAACUCUGGGUGCAGAUACACCACAAUGUCACCUCCCCGCGGAUGUUUGACGAGCUACUACAGGACUGCCGCUUAGGCAGGGUGUAUGUUCAGCUCAGCGUAUCGCUCGCCUACUACACCCUCUUCUUUUGGAACGAUGUGGAGCACCACACCUUCCUCCCUCUGGCGAUCGCCUGUGAGACCAAAUUCAAGCUCUACAAUUCCCUGCAAAGCAAUGGUACUACCUUGUGA